CACUUUGUAAUUUGUAACCUUUAUGCUCCUCUCACACCUCCGCUGCGAAACUUCAGUUGCGAAACCGCUGUAGGAAUUCCGCUGCGAUAAAGUGUAGUUGUGUAGUUGCGGAACGGGCGUCGGAACCUGCUAGUCAUCAGUCAGCCAUCGGAGCGAAAUGUCGUCGUUAUCAGAGUCAGAGGAGGAGGAAAUAUUAUUGUGGACUUUAACUUUGAAAAGGCGUAAAUCUCGUAGAAUUUGGGUGCACGAGAUUAAUGAAAAAAGGAAGAAAUUAGGAGAAAACCUAUUAUGUAAAGAACUAGAGUCACAUGAAGAUCGUUUUUAUACAUAUUUUAGAAUGAGCCCAGGGAGUUUUGAAGAUCUACAUAAUCUUUUGAAGCCACAUAUUACUAAACAAAAUACAAGGUUUAGGGAAGCUAUUUCUAGCAGAGAAAGAUUAGCCUUAACUUUGAGAUUCCUAACUACUGGAGAUUGCUAUAAGACAUUAUCGUUUUCAUAUCGUAUAGGAAAUUCAACAGUUUCAAAAAUAGUGACCGAAGUAUGUCAGGAAAUAUGGAAUGUUUUACAACCAUUAGCCAUUCCACAACCUACACAAGAAAUGUGGCUCAAUAUCGCAGAAGUCUUUUUUGGGAAAUGGGGAUUUCCUCAUUGCCUGGGUAGCGUGGAUGGAAAGCAUAUUACCAUUAAAUGCCCUCCAGAUAGCGGCUCAAUGUUUUACUGUUACAAAAGUAAAUUUUCUAUUGUGUUAUUGGCUGUUGUAGACGCUAAUUACAAAUUCAUAUAUGUUGACAUUGGAUCGUUUGGAAAAGAUUCUGAUAGUACUAUAUUUGAAAAAACACCUUUUUUACAACUAUUGCGAACUGGUCAACUUAAUGUACCAAAUGCCCAACCAUUACAACAAGGCACAGAUCCUUUGCCUUAUGUUUUAAUAGGGGAUGGUGCCUUUAAGCUGGAAACGUUUUUGAUGAGACCUUUUGUAAGAGAAGCGGCUAUGCAAGAUAGAGAUAAAAAGAGAUUUAAUCAGGCGCUCAGUCGAGCACGUGUAGUUGUGGAAUGUGCUUUUGGAAUAAUGGCACAGAAGUUUAGGAUUUUCCUAAGACCUUUCGAAACAGAUUUGACAAACACAAUAAAAAUUGUAAAAGCAGCUUGUUGUUUGCACAACUUUAUACAGACGAAAGAGUCAGCCGUACAUACCAGUUCCAGCUUUGAAAUAGAACAGCUAGGUGCCUUUCUACCACAAAAUAGACCUGGCAACCGACAGAGAGCAUCGUCGGCAGCGUUUGAGGUCAGAGAUAAAUUCGUUCAAUAUUUUACACAAACGCAGAGAACUUAACGUUAUCAUAAUAUUAUCUAUAAUAAGUACAAAUAAAUAAUUAUACAUAUAAUACAUAAUAUUAUCUUAUAAGCAAAAUAAACAAAUACAUUACAAAUACAGUCUAUUAUUAUUAUAAAAAGACUACAUACCUUCCUCAUUUAAUUCCCUCUGGAUUUCUCUCCAUGCCUGCAGUUUUUUCAUAUUAUUUUUAUAAUCCGGAUGAUUUAAUAAAUAAAGAAUAGGUCUAUUUCUGACCUCUUGAAUUAAUUUUUCUGUGAAAUCGACGUCCAUUUUAUGAAAUAAAUGUAGUUUCGCUUUUAAUUUUUGUCGAUUUCCACAAACACGUGCGAAAACAACGCGGCACCGCAACAAAAUGGCAGCCGGAGCGCGGUAGUGUGGCUGGCGUCGGAGUAUUAUCGACGAAACCGCGCGGGGAAAGAGAUAGAAUAUAGUUAAAUCUAUGCGUUAGAACAGGCAGUUCCGUGGCAGUUCCGCUUCUCCUACAUACGGACAAAACACAGCGAAAUUAAUGCGGUUCCGCUGUUAUGGUUUCGCAGCGGAGGUGAGCUACGGGCGUAACACAACC